AAUUGGAACUUCUUCUUUCAGAACAUACGCUCUCCUAUUUGUCAACGGAUCUAAUGUGAAUUUUCAAACUUUAUGGAGACUCCACUUUCUCCUACGCCCAGCGCCACCGUGACGGUGGUGGAGGCUCCUCCAUCACCUGAAUUCCUCAACGGUGAUAUAUUACCAAUAGUCAAGAGCAGGAAAAAGAAAAAGAAAGCUUUUGAGCCCUCGAAUACGGCGUCGUCUUCUUCGUGUUCUUCUUCUUCUGCUGCCGGUGUACGCCUCUCUCACAAACGCAGAAAUUCGAAAGUUCUCUUGGCUUCCGCCUUUCGCCGCGGCGGUGGCGGUGGCCGCUUUGGGGAUAGCCAAUUGGAGGCGGUUGCCCUCCCACUUGGAAUGUCUUUUGCUGCAAUUGUUGCCCAGGUUAUGGAGAGGAAAGAUGCAGCAGGUGAAAAGAUGUCUGUUGAUCAUCUUACGAAGAUAUGUGCUUCAGCCGUCAGAGAAUCUUUAGCCAAUGUCUUUGGUGAUGAAUUUAAUUUUUUUGCAAGGAAUUUUGAGAAAUCAUUUGGGAGCACAUUGAGUACUCUUAGAUUGAUUAAUGAAGCAUCACUCAACAAGGAAGUUAAUCAUUUUGGUAAACUAGAUAUAGAAGAUUCUGCUUCAGACUUGAGUCUCUACAAUGGAUUUGGGUGUGAGAGCAGCUCUUGCGUCAAGGAUUGUCUCUCAGAAACUGAGUUGCAAUCCACUUUGUCUCAGAACCAACUGCAUUUAAAUGAAGAUGUAGGCGAAAAUACACAUUCCUUGAAUCGGGAACUUACCUUGCAUCCAUGCUCAUCAGGUCCUGUAUUUAACCAGCUCAGCACCAUUGAGAAAUCAGUCAUGGAGCAGACCCGUUGUAAUGACCUGAAAAAGUUGGAGAUAGGUCUUACAAUGAGAAAAAUUCAAUUAAAAGAGGCCCAGCUGGCUCUUAAUUUUGAUUCAAAUCAUCUUGAGAGAUCAAAGUUGGCAAUGGGAAUAUCAAAGGCUUCCUUUAAAAUCGAGAAGUUCAAGACUCAAUUAGAAGAUACAAGAUAUGCUGAACUGCUUAAGAAGUGCAUAGACUGUCUUGUUGCUGGUUUAUUUAUCAUGUCUGCCUCCAUUUUUUAUGGUGUAUAUGUUUUUUCAUACCAAAGGAUCACUGAUGCUACUGCAUCCUGUUAUCCUUUAAUUGAGGACUCCAAAUCUUGGUGGAGACCAAAACCGUUUUCGUCUUUCAACUCAGGGUGGAAUACUCUCAGGUGUCAUGUUCAAGUGGCAAGCCGCAUGCUAUUUGGCGUCUUAAUAAUUUUAGCAGUAGCUUAUUUGCUUCUUCAACGCUCGGGAGCCUCACGUCAGACGAUGCCGGUAACUUUCAUAUUGUUGCUUUUGGGAGCUGCCUGUGGUUUUGCUGGCAAACUGUGUGUGGACACAUUGGGAGGAAGCGGAUGGCACUGGCUCCUGUAUUGGGAAACUAUGUGCAUGCUUCACUUCUUCUCAAAUGUUUUUCCGUCCGCUUUGUUCUAUUUACUGCACGGGCCUGUUUCGGUUUCAAAAGGGAUAAGAUACAAUAAAUUAUUGCCCUACUGGUUCCGGAGAAUUCUUUUCUACGCAAUUCUCCUCUUGGUUCUGCCUUUAUGCUGCGGUCUUUUGCCUUUUGCUUAUCCUGGGGAAUGGAAAGAGCAUUUCUUUCUACUUGCCACCAAUUUAGCAUCCAGUCAGGGGUGGUCUACACAGCCAGAAAGCUCCCAAUAAUCUCGUCGGUGAAGGUUAAUGUCUCGACCAUUGCGUGUAAUCUAUUGGCAACAUAUGUCAUGGUCUACACAGCCAGAAAGCUCCAGGUAAUCUCGUCCAGUGAAGGUUAUGUCUCGACCAUUGCGUGUAAUCUAUUGGCAAUAUAUGCCAUCUGUGUAGUUGUGGUCUAUGUAACCAUAGGAGCAGCUGGUAGGAUUUAUGUAAUAACUUGUCAGCCUAUUUGGCUGAUUGGUAGUUCCGGGUUGAUAACGUAUAUUUAUUUUUGUAGUAGUUUAAGGUUAAGUUUCAUGUAGUUGUACUUGUAUCAUGGUAGAUUGUUCUCUCUUCUUUUUGCAGUCAUGUAUCGUGUUUUCUAGUGGAAAUGAGAAAUUAUGUUUUUUU